AACACGCGCCAACACACCACACGGGAAGUACCAGCACGACCUUUCACGCUGCGAACAGCGUUGAACCCGUUUAUAAUGUUUAUUUCACACGAUAUAAGAAGAAAUUAAGUGUUUGUGUGACUGUGGGAGAAAACUGAACCGACAUGUUUCGCUGUACUCUGGUGGUUUGUGGCAGAGGAGUCGCUAGAAGGUUCGCCUCGUCGUUCGCCGGUGAGAGCGCUCUGCCUCCCAAUUUACUGCUGCCGACCAACCUGGUGGAUCCGACCAGAUUAAAGCGACCACCUCCUCCUGCAGACUGCUCCCUGCCUCUCCUGAGGAAGUGCGAUGCUGUCGUUCCAGCUCAUUUGAGCCCCGUCCAGACGUGGGUGGAGACUCUGGAGAGGACGGACAGCGAGCCUUUGGGUUUGGCUCAGCUCCACCCGGAUGUCUUUGCGGUGCCUCCCAGGCUCGACAUUAUCCACGAGGUUGAAACAUGGCAGAGAAACUUUAAAAGAAUCAGCCACGCCAACACAAAGACCAGGGCGGAGGUCAGAGGUGGAGGCAGGAAACCAUGGAAUCAGAAAGGAAGCGGGAGAGCUCGUCAUGGAAGCAUCCGAUCACCGUUAUGGAGAGGAGGCGGGGUGUCUAAUGGACCCAGAGGGCCGACCAGUUACUACUACAUGUUACCCAUGAAGGUUCGAGUGCAGGGACUCAAAGUGGCUCUGAGCUCCAAGCUGGCGCAGGACUACCUCCACAUUGUAGACUCUCUGAACAUCCCCACACCCGACCCUCAGUACCUGCUGGACCUCAUCAGACACAAACACUGGGGAGAGUCGGUGUUAAUAGUCGACGUAGGUGAAGAGUUUCCUGAAAACCUCCUUCAUGCAACAGCGAAUUUGAAGACGGUGAACAUUAUUCCAGCCAUUGGUCUGAACGUCCACAGCAUGCUGAAACAUGAAACAGUCCUCCUCACCCUGGAGACGAUUAAGUUUCUGGAAGACAAGCUGCUUUGGCACGACCAGCGCUACACACCUCUGUACCCAUUUAAACUGCCCUACUCCGACUUACCAUAGAAA